AUGUCAAAGAGUGGAGGCUUGUCUAAAAGCAGAUCUGGAUCUCAACAUGAGAUUGAAUUGGGCUCCUCUAGUUCCAACUUAAAAAAGUCCAAAUCAAUGGAAAGUGUAGAAUUUAUUACCGAACCUCAAAUUCCACUUUACUAUUCAAUGGUAAAAGAAAAGGAGAGACAAAGGGAAGUAAAACUUAGAAAUAGAAUUAAAAAUAAAUUAAAAAAAAACAAAUCAAAUACCACCACCACUACAACUACAACUGAUGUCGGUGCUUCACCUUCAACUAUUGAACCAAUUGAUGGUAAUGAUAAAGAACCAAUGUCUGCAAUUGAUCUUGCUCAAGAUAAUAUUGAAAAAAAAACUCAACACAAACCUAAAGAUUUAGCUACUCAAACUACUGAAGAAUUAACUCAUGAUCAUACAUUACCACUUGAAGAAUUGAUUAUUAAAUUAAAAACAAAUAUUAAUAUUAAUGAUCCAAGACAUAGUUUUGGUCUUAGUAGAGAAUUUGCAAGUGAAAGACUUGAAAUUGAUGGAAAGAAUGCAUUAACUCCAUCUAAACCAGUUCCAAAAUGGGUUAAAUAUCUUAAAGAAUUUUUAGGACUUUUCCCAAUUAUGUUGGAAGUUGGUGGUAUUUUAUCAAUUAUUGCUUUUGGUAUUGAUACUGAAACUGGUAAAGAUAAUUUAUAUUUAGGUAUUAUUUUAUGGAUUGUUGUAUUUUUAACAUGUACAUUUUCAUAUAUUCAAAAUUCCAAAUCUACUGGUGUAAUGGAAGGUUUUAAGAAAUUAGCACCAUCAUCAACUAAAGUUCUUAGAGAUGAUAAUUUAAUUGAAAUUGAUUCCGAAGAUUUAGUAGUUGGUGAUGUUGUAAUUGUUAGAGCUGGUGAUAAAGUACCAGCAGAUUUAAGAGUGAUUGCAUCACAUCAUUUCAAGGUUGAUAACGCCUCGUUGACUGGAGAAACUGAACCACAAACUCGUAGUCCAAAUUGUACCGAUGAAAAUCCAUUAGAAACUCAGAAUUUGACUUUCUAUGGUACAUUAGCAUGCCAAGGUGAUUGUGUUGGUGUAGUCAUUGCAACUGGUGAUAGAACUGUUAUUGGUAAAAUCGCUAAAUUAGCUUCCAAUUCAAAACCAAACUCAACUCCAAUGAAAGAAGAAAUUGAAAAAUUCAUAAAAAUCAUUUCAAUUGUUGCAUUUUCUUUAGGUGCAAUCUUUUUGGCAAUUGGUUUUGGUAGAUCAGUUGAAUGGAUUUUAGUAAUUAUCUAUACCAUUGGUAUUGUUGUAAGUCAAGUACCAGAGGCUCUUUUACCAACUCUUACAGUUACACUCAAUUUAACUGCAAAAAGAAUGUCCAGAAAGAAUGUACUUGUAAAGAAUCUUUUAACUGUUGAAACUCUUGGUUCAACUACAACAAUUGCAUCUGAUAAAACCGGUACCCUAACUCAAAAUAUUAUGACUGUUGUUCAUUUAUGGUAUGAUGGUACAAUCUAUAGUUGUAAUUCAUUAACAGCAAGUAACUUUUUUAAUGCUCAAGCUACAACCUUUAAAAAGUUAUAUCAAGUUGCAGCACUAUGUAAUAGAACCGUAUUUGAUAAAUCUGAAAAUCAAGAUGAUAUUCCAAUUCAAUUAAGAAAGUGUAUUGGUGAUGCAUCGGAAAGUGCUUUACUCAAAUUUUGUGAACAAGUCGAAAAUGUUGAACAGUAUCGUGAUAGAUUCCCAAAAUAUUUUGAAAUACCAUUCAACUCUGUAAAUAAAUGGCAAAUGAGUGUUCAUACAAUCGGUGAUGAUGGUGAAUUCUUUAUGGUAAUGAAAGGUGCACCAGAACGUAUCAUUAAAAUGUGUAAUCGUAUUCUCAUCGAAGGUGAAGAACAAGAACUUGAUGAAAAACAUUUACAAAAUUUCCAAUCAUCUUAUGAACAUUUAGCAGGUAAAGGUGAAAGAGUUUUGGGUUUAGCUUAUUUACCAUUGGAUCCACAACAAUACCCAAACAAUUAUAUUUUCGAUAUGGAAGAAAAGAAUUUCCCAACCAAAGAUUUAGUGUUUGUUGGUUUAACUGCGUUAAUGGAUCCACCACGUCCAGGUGUACCAGAAGCCAUUAGAACUUGUAAAGAAGCAGGUAUUAGAGUUAUGAUGGUAACUGGUGAUCAUCCAUUGACUGGAACAGCAAUUGCAAAGCAAGUAGGUAUCAUUGAAACUGAUGAAACUCUUAAUGAUAUUGCUGAAAGAGAAGGUGUUGAUGUACUUAGUUUGGACUUUUCACGUGGUACCUCUAUUGCCAUUACAGGCUCAAUGUUGGAUGAUCUCACUAGUGAACAGUGGGACAAGAUACUUUCCCUAAGAGAACUAUGCUUUUGUAGAACCAGCCCAGAACAGAAAUUACAAAUUGUCGCACACCUUCAAAAACGAGGAGAAAUUGUAGCAGUUACUGGUGAUGGUGUCAAUGAUUCACCUGCUCUCAAGAAGGCUGAUUUAGGUUGUGCUAUGGGUAUCACUGGUAGUGAUGUAGCAAAAGAAGCAGCAUCAAUUGUUUUAUUGGAUGAUAAUUUUGCAUCAAUUAUCGCUGGUGUAGAAGAAGGUCGUAUGAUUUUCGAUAAAUUAAAGAAAUCAAUUUGUUACACUCUCUCUUCAAAUAUUCCAGAGGCAAUUCCAUUCUUUUGUUUCUUUGUACUUCAAAUGCCAGUAGCUUUAUCAGGUAUUUUAAUUCUUUGUAUAGAUUUGGGUACUGAUCUUAUUCCUGUAAUAUCUUAUGCAUACGAAGGUAGUGAAACUGAUCUCAUGAAAAGAAAACCAAGAAAUGUUAAAAAAGAUAAAUUGGUUAGUCUUAGAUUGGCUAUUUUCUCUUAUCUCUGGUUAGGUUGUUGGCAAUGUGCUGCUGGUUUCUUAAAUUAUUUCCUCCUUUUCAAGGAUUAUGGAUAUAGUGCUUCCGACCUUUACAAUGUUUCCUCUACCUAUUUCAAGAAAGAUGCUCCACUUUAUGGAGGUCAUGAUGAUGCUAAACAAAUUCAAAUUUUAAAUGAAGCUCAAACUGCAUAUUUCAUCGCGAUUGUAAUAAGUAGAGUUGGGGCUUGUUUCUGCGCUAAAACUAGAAUCAUUUCAAUUUUCCAACAAGGUUUCGGUAAUAUGGUAUUCAAUUUCGGUGUUUGUUCUAUGCUUGCCAUUGCUCUAUUCAUUGUUCAUGUACCAGGUGUUAGAACUUUCUUUGGUUGUACUAUUGUCAGUUAUAAAUAUUGGUUAAUUCCAAUUCCUUUUGCUGUAUUUUUGGUUGCAUCAAAUGAAUUGAGACUUUGGUUAAUAAGAAGAUAUCCAAAGUCUACAUUUGCUAAUCUUUGUGCUUGGUAA